GCCGGGUAAAUUUAAUGACCUGUAUAUAAAUAAUGUGUUGUAAUUCUGUUUGGCCAAAAUUGGUGGCAAUAAAAAGUAAAUAGUGUGAGGAUUGAAAUAUCUUGAUACCCACUUUAGAUAUAAUCAAUCAAUUCAUUUUUGAUAUUGGAUUAUUCUUCAUUUAGUAAGGUUCAAACGUGUUUAAGAAUAUCUGAUAUUGGAAAAUGGCUUUAGUUUCAGCUGCUCCAUAUCUUGCCUUACUUGGAGAAGAAGAUCAAAGUUUGAAAUCAUUUGCCUUAACUUCAUUAAAUGAUAUAGUAGAUCAAUUAUGGGCUGAAAUAGCCAAUAACAUCAGUAAGUUGGAAGAAUUGUAUGAAGAUGAAUCAUUUGAAAAGCGAUCACUUGCAGCAUUAAUCAUUUCUAAAGUUUACUACAAUUUAGGUGAUUUUGAAGCAUCCGUCAAGUAUUCAUUAAAUGCGGGUGAUGAAUUUAAUAUUGAUGAACAUUCCCAAUAUAUUGAGACCAUUAUAAGUCAAUGUAUCAGUUUAUAUAAUACAUUGGCUCAAAAGAAGUAUGGUGAUGAAUCAGUUACCAUUGAUGAAAGAUUAGUUGCUAUCUUUGAAAAAAUGUUGGAAAAAUGUAUCAAGGCUAAUGAAUUAAAAUUGGCUCUUGGUAUUGCAUUAGAAAGUUAUCGUAUUGAUGUUGUGGAAAGAAUCUUAGUUCAUGAAAUCGAAGUAAGUGAAGAAAAUGCCUUAAAUUUAAUCAAUUAUGUUCUCAUUUGUUCAAAUUCAGUGGUUCCAAAUACAAAUUUCAGAAAUCAAGUUUUAAACUUAUUAAUCAAAUUAUUAUUACCAUUAACCAAAAAUCAAGAAUUUUUCACUAUUAUUAAGAUCAUUGUUCAAUUAAAUGAUUCAAAAUUAGCAGCUCAAUUAUUUAAAGAAUUAGUUUCAAAAGGUGAAGAUUUAAUCGCUUACCAAUCUGCAUUCGAUUUAGUUGGUGCUGCUCCUCAAGAAUUAUUAGAUAAUGUUAUCAAUCAAUUAAAUAAGGACUUUGGAGAUUUAACUUCAACUUCUAAGAAAAUAUUAACUAUUUUAUCAGGUGUCCCAACUUGUGAUUUAGAUAUUACUUUCUUAUUUAAGAAUAAUAACACCGAUAUAGCGAUCUUGAAUAAAACUAAAAAUCUUUUGGAAGGAAGAAGUUCAAUCUUCCAUUCUGCAGUUACAUUCUCCAAUGCGUUCAUGCACGCUGGUACUACUGAUGAUUCAUUCUUUAGAAAUAAUUUAGAAUGGUUAGGUAGAGCUAACAAUUGGUCUAAAUUCUCAGCCACUGCUGCUUUAGGUGUCAUUCAUAAAGGUAAUUUAUCCCAAGGUCGUAAUAUUUUAAAACCAUAUUUACCUGGAUCAUCAGGAGCUCCUCAUACUAAAGGUGGUUCCUUGUUUGCAUUAGGUUUAAUCUUUGCUGGACAUGGAAGAGAAAUCAUAGAAUACUUGAAGAAUUAUAUUGAUGAACAUGGUAAUUCGGCAGGUGCUAAUGAUGGUGAUGUUGUUUUACAUGGUGCCGCUCUUGGUGCCGGUGUAGCAGGUAUGGCUUCCGGUAGUGAAAGUCUUUAUGAAGCUCUUAAGGUUGUCUUAUAUUCUGAUUCUGCCAUUUCAGGUCAAGCUGCUGGUUUAGCUAUGGGUUUAGUUAUGCUUGGUUCCGGUCAAGAAACUGCCAUCCAUGAUAUGCUUACUUAUGCUCAAGAAACUCAACAUGAAAAUAUUAUAAGAGGAUUAGCUAUUGGUAUUGCCUUAUUAAACUAUUCUCGUGAAGAAAAAGCUGAUUCAAUUAUUGAAGAAUUAAUGAGUCAAGAAAGUUCUAUAUUGAGAUAUGGAGGUGUAUUCACUAUCUCCUUAGCUUAUGCUGGUACUGCCAAUAAUAAAGCCAUUAAAAAACUUUUACAUCAUGCUGUUUCAGAUCCAUCUGAUGAUGUUAGAAGAGCUGCUGUUCUUGGUCUUGGAUUUUUAUUAAUUCGUGAUUAUACUUCAGCUCCUCAAAUUGUUCAAUUAUUAUCUCAAUCACAUAAUCCACAUGUUCGUUAUGGUACUGCCUUGGCCUUAGGUAUCUCUUGUGCUGGUAGAGCUUAUUCUCCAGCUAUUGAUGUUUUAGAACCAUUAACUAAAGAUCCUGUUGAUUUCGUUAGACAAGGUGCUUUAAUUGCUACAGCUAUGAUUUUAAUCCAACAAAAUGAAGUUUCAUAUCCAAAAGUUAAAGAAUUUACUAAGAGAUAUGCUGAUACUAUAAAAAAUAAGCAUGAAGAUGCUUUAGCUAAAUUUGGUGCUACUUUAGCUCAAGGUAUUAUAGAUGCUGGUGGUAGAAAUGUUACUAUUAAUUUAGAAAAUUCUCAAACUAGUACAUUAAAUAUUAAAGCCAUUGUUGGUUUAACUGUGUUUGUUCAAUCUUGGUACUGGUUCCCAUUGGCACACUUUUUAUCAUUAUCAUUUGCUCCAACUGCUGUGAUUGGUAUUACUGGAGAUUUAAAGAUUCCUAAAUUUGAAUUAAAUUGUCAUGCCAAACCUGAAUUAUUCCAAUAUCCUCCAAAACAUGAAGAAAUUAAGGAAAAACAACCAGAUAAGAUUGCAACUGCCGUUUUAUCAACUACAGUUAAAGCCAAAACUAGAGCUAAGAAGAAGCAAGAUUUAAAAGAUGAAACUGAUGGUAAGAAGGAUGUUGAAAAAAUGGAAAUUGAUGAAGAAUCUAAACCAGAAACUGAAGUUAAAGUUGAAGAAUCAAAAGAAGAAAAGCCAGCUGAACCAGCUAGUAGUGAACAAGCUCAAGUACGUUAUGCCAAAACUCCAUAUAAAAUUUCAAAUCUUUCAAGAGUAUUACCUGUUCAAUCGAAUUAUCUUUCAUUUAUAAGAGAUGAUAGAUUUGUACCAGUAAGAAAAUUCAGAGGUUCAAGUGGUAUAGUAGUAUUAGAAGAUACUAAACCUGAAGAAGAAGUUGAAUUGAUUAAGACCGUAAGACAAUUGAAUACUACUGAUGCUCCAUUACCAGAAGCAUUCACUUUAAGUGCUGAAGAUUUGAGAGAACUUGAUGAUGAUUAUUAAACUUAGAAUAUGUGUAUAAUUACAUAAUAAAACUACAAA